AUGUCUUCGCCUCCAUCGACAACCCAUGCUCUCCCCCAAACGCAGCGUAUCCGUCUCAUGCGCUCGACACGCAAACUGGCGGCUUUGCUUGGUGCUGCGCCGUUACUGGUAGACCCUUCAGAGCCGCUUCCACCUUUUCCUCGCGGGCCUCCCAAAAGCGCUAGUUUACCUGCCACACCCGCUGCCAUGUCUAAUGACAAACUGUUGCUUGAACCUGUGGUUGGCGCAGCGGAAUCCAAUGGUCGCCCGACGCUACUGUUGCGCAUCAGCAACGCUGGUAUCUCUUCUAAAGGACAUCGCCGGAGGGCCUCUUCUGCAUCCCAAUCUUGGGGACGGCCAAUGUCGAUGAUGGAAUUAGGUGUUGGAGACCUGGAUGAUGAGGAGGACGAGGUCGAGCAGACGGGAGCACAGAGUGAGCGGCGGAGAAAGAUGGCCAGAGUGGCGCGAAAACUUGGCGACGGUGUCCCAAUCGAGCUUGUGUUCCCUUCCGAGCUGGAGCGACAUCAUAGCAUGGACUUGAAGAAAGCGAGGACGUCGUUAGACCAGUCGUCGGCGAUACUCCCACCAACAGUCUUCAGAAGUCAUACAUCUUCACCGUCAUCCUCGCGGCCAUCCACUGCAUCAACAACUUCAGAGCCUGCCAUGAGGCCGCCAAAUAUGCGACGAACAUCCAGCCUGCUGUUCAAGGACAAGGCGGCACCGCGUAGCGCAACAGUUCGUUCCGAGCUGGGUUGGACGGGGGAGUGGAAUCAAGAUGAAACUUCGGUCGUCAAGGGCCUACGGGCAUUAAAGCAAAAGUAG